AUGCACACAUGCCCACUAACCAGAGCGAGUAUCCUUUCCCACAGGGUCAGGCCGGGCCCGAGGAUCCACGCCCUGCUGGCCCCGGCCGCGCCCGGCCCCGCGACCCACCCGGGUUUCCAGGAGCAGCCGCUGUGCCGGGUACCCCUCGUGCUGCGCCUCUGGACCACGGCCCCAGCGCACGUGGUGGUGGAGCUGGGCGGGGCGGCGGACGAGGCCGAGGGCGCUGGUCAAGGGGGAAGCGGGACGGCGGCGCCGGCCGCCCCGCUCGCGCACGUGUGGGCGGGGCGGACGCGGCGCGCGCUGGGUACGCUGCGGGCCUGCUCCGAGCUGGAACUGGAGCUGGAAGUCCUGGUGUCCAGGCCGGGGAGGCACGCCCUGGCCGACGUGAGUCUGGCCUGGGGCCAGCCCGGUGCCCGGCAGCUGGACGGAAGCCGGCCCGUGCCGGGCUGCCUGAUAGAGGUGGUUGAGGCGGGCCCUGGGCCUGGCCGACAGGGGUUGCAAUGA